UUAUGGCCUUACCCCUUUUUGUAUAUUGUUUUUUUUUUUUUUUUUUGUCUUUUUCAUUUUUACCAGUACCGGGGAUCAAACUCAUGACUGCCUGCUUGCAAGGCAGGCGCUUAUGCUGCUGAGCUAAAUCCCCAGGCCCCUGUAUAUUGUUUUGAGAUACAGUGUCACGAAGUCACUGAAUUUCCCAGCCAGGGCUGGAAUUUGUAACUCUCCUACCUCAGCAUCCCAGAGUGGUAGGAUUAUAGACCUGUACCACUAUGCCUGAUUUUUGUGUCUUUUUCAAAAGUGUUUCCCUGUUGAUUAUUACAUGUGGGUGGGGAGAGAGUAGAAAUAAGAUUUUUUUUUUGUACUGGUGAUCGAACUCAUGACUUAGCAUUAGAGGCACCGCUUGAGAUUAUCUUUUAAUUAAUUGAUUAAUUUUUUUGUGUGGGAGAUACAAGGGAUUGAACUCACAACUUCACGCUUGGCAGGCAGGGGCAGUGCCACUGAGCUAUAUCCCUGGCCCAUACUUUUUUGUCUUUUUGAGACGGGUUUUGCUACAUAUUUCAGGCUGGUCUUGAACUCACUCUGUAUCCCGGGCUAGCUUCAAAUUUACACAGAUCCUCUUGCCUCAGCCUCCCAAAUGUAGGGAUUAUAGGUGUGUAUACCAAGUCCAGUCUUUCUUUUCUUUGUUUGUUUGUUUCUUUCGACAGGGUCUCACUCUGUAAGGCUGGCCUUGAACUCACUAUGUAGCCCAGACUGGCCUUGAAUUGGAAUCCUCCUUUCGCAGCCUCCAAGUGCUAGGGUUGUAGGCCUUCCCAGCCACAAAAAAUUAAGAAAUAAAAGAGUUAGAGCCAGGUGUGGUGACAUGUGGCUGUAACCCCAGCAUUUGGGAAACUGAGGCAGAAGGAUCGUUGUGAAAUCAAGAUCAGCAUGAACCAUACGGUGAGACGGUGAGACGCUGUCUUUGUUUGUUUGUUUGUUUUUGGUGUCAGGGAUUGAACUCCUGACCUCAUGCUUGCCAGGCAGGUGCUCAUGCCUCUGUCAGAUGUUGUUUUAAAAACAAAUGAAACAAAAUUUUGGCCUGGGGCAAAAUACUUGCCUAGCAGAUUUAACAGCUUGGUUUCAGGAUCCUCUCAUCCUUUAAUGGGAUUUUGCGUUUGAUUUGGGCUGCUCUCUAUAGCUGUAGUCCCCUCAAGGUCUGAAGAUGUCCUGUGAGCCUUUGGGCCCCUCCUUCCCACCUGGCACCCCUCCCAGGCAUGGAGGCUGAGUCCAAGAGAGGAUUGGCCCCAAGACGCCCUGCUCGGGGUGUGGGUGAUCACAUAAGUGAUCCUAGAGUUGGGUGCCUGAUGCCUGCCCAGCCUGAGUCACCUGGUAGUGUUGUUGUCAUCAGCCUCACUGAAAUGGCUGCUCCCCUCCAUAGACCUCUGUGUGACCAUCCUUCCGACUUCUUCGGAGAGGCUGCAGCCUGAUGGUGAGACGUAUAGGCCUGGGGGGCAGCCCAGGGCGGCUGAGGCGCUGGGGAGACCUGGGGUCUGGCUCGGUGCCCCUGGUUCCCAUGCCACCACCGCCGCCACCUGCUCUUCCAGGUUGGGGACCUGGGGGAGGGAGGGUCUCUGUCUUCUCUCUGCCCUCUGCCCCUCAUACUCGAAGCUCCCCCUCUGUGACCUCUGGGUCCCUGAGCUCGGGGUUGCAGGGGACUGGGGCUUCUCCGCCCUGCUACACUGCCCUGCCCAUCCCAGCCACUCCCCCAAAGCGGGCACAACCUGCACCAAUGCCCAGCUCUGCUCCCCCUCCCUGGAGAUCCCAGUCCAUCCCUUCCCUGGCCUGGUCUGCCCCCUCUCCCUCACACGGCUGUGCCCAGGACCCCCGAGGGCUGCGGAUAGGCCCUCUGGUCCCGCAGCAGGAUUAUGAGAGGCUGGAGGACUGUGACCCUGAGGGGUCCCAAGACUCUCCGAUCCACGGGGAGGAGCAGCAACCCCUACUUCACGUGCCUGAAGGGCUUCGGGGCUCCUGGCACCACAUCCAGAACCUGGACACCUUCUUCACCAAUAUAUCCUUUGUGCCCAGCUGUGGGAGCGCCAUGGAGCCGCACAGCCUUGGCAGGGAGAAUCUGAGGGUGCAGUGGCCUUGUGUGUGUGGGGGGGUGACCUUGGGACAGGCCCACUGUCCCUUGGGUUUCUUCCUUGACUCAGGCCACAUCUAUAACUACCAUCAGCGGAACGGCUUUACCUGUAUCCUUCUGGAGGACAUUUUCCAACUGGGACAAUUUCUUUUUGUCAUCAUCUUUACAACCUUCCUCCUUCGAUGUGUGGAUUACGACAUUCUCUUUGCCAAUCAACCAAGCAACUCUUCAAGUCCCAGGCUAGUCCAGGGCAAAGUGGCCUUGUCGGACGCCAUCCUGCCCUCUGCUCAGUGUGCAGAGAGGAUCCAUGCCAGCCCCCUGCUGGUCUUUCUCCUUUUCCUGGCUGCCUGCUACUGGCUGUUCCAGCUGCUUCGCUCCCUCCGAAACCUCUUCAGCUACUGGGACAUCCAGGUGUUUUACAGGGAGGCUCUGCACAUCACCCCGGAAGAACUCAGGGCAGUGCCUUGGGCAGAGGUCCAGUCGCGCCUCCUGGAGCUGCAGCGGAGCGGGGGCCUGUGUGUGCAGCCGCGGCCGCUGACUGAACUGGACGUGCACCACCGAAUCCUGCGCUACACCAACUACCAGGUGGCGCUGGCUAACAAAGGUCUGCUGCCGGCCCGCUGCCCACUGCCCUGGGGAGGCAGCGCAGCCUUCCUCAGCCGCGGCUUGGCGCUCAACGUUGACUUGCUGCUCUUCCGCGGGCCCUUUUCACUCUUCCGCGGGGGCUGGGAGCUGCCCGACGCCUACAAGCGCAGCGACCAGCGAGACGCCCUGGCGGCGCGCUGGGGGCGCAACGCGCUGCUGCUGGCCGCCGUGAACCUGGUGCUGAGCCCAGUGGUGCUGGCCUGGCAGGUGCUGCACGCUUUCUACAGCCACGCCGAGCUGCUGCGGCGCGAGCCCGGCGCCUUCGGGGCGCGGCGCUGGUCCCGCCUGGCGCGUCUGCAGCUGCGCCACUUCAAUGAGCUGCCGCACGAGCUGCGCGCGCGCCUGGCCCGCGCCUACCGCCCGGCCACCGCCUUCCUGCGCGCCGCCGAGCCCCCCGCACCCCUGCGCGCGCUGCUGGCCCGCCAGCUCCUCUUCUUCGCCGGCGCGCCCUUCGCAGCGUUGCUGCUGCUCACAGUCUACGACGAGGACGUGCUCACCGUCGAGCACGUGUUCACCGCCAUGACCGCGCUGGGGCUCGUUGCCACCGUGGCCAGGUGUUUCCUUCCCGAGGAGCAGGGUCAGGGGCGCCCCCCGCAGCUCUUGCUGCAGGCGGCGCUGGCCCACAUGCACUAUCUCCCUGAGGAGCCCGGCGCCGCUGGCAGGGACAGCGACUAUUGGCAGAUGUCACAGCUGCUGCAGUACCGAGCGGUCUCCCUCCUAGAGGAGCUGCUGUCCCCCCUCCUCACCCCACUCUUUCUGCUCUUCUGGUUCCGUCCUCGAGCCCUGGAGUUUAUUGACUUUUUUCAUCACUUCACUGUGGAUGUGGCCGGGGUAGGGGACAUCUGCUCCUUUGCCCUCAUGGAUGUGAAGCGCCAUGGACAUCCUCAGUGGCUCUCAGAGGGACAGACGGAGGCCUCCAUGGCCCAGCGUGCUGAGCACGGGAAGACUGAGCUCUCACUGAUGCGGUUCUCCCUGGCACACCCACAAUGGCGUCCCCCAGGGGACAGCUCUAAGUUUCUUGGCCACCUUCGGGGCAGGGUACAACAAGAUGCUGCUGCCUGGGGGGCCUCCUCCUCUCGAAGCCCCCCAACCCCAGGGGUACUCAGCGACUGCACCUCGCCUCUGCAGCCAGAUGCCUUCCUGGCCAACCUCCUGGUGAACCCCAUCCUGCCCCCAAGGGAGAUAAACCCCACAGCUACCCGCCCAGCCGCUGCCACAGCCAGUGUUCUUGCCUCUAUUUCCCGCAUGGCCCAGGACCCCAGCUGUGUGUCCCCAGGAAGCACUGGGGGCCAGAAGCUAGGCCAGCUCCCAGAACUGGCCUCUGCUGAGAUGAGCCUCCAUGCCAUUUACCUGCACCAGCUCCACCACCAGCAGCAACAGGAGCUGUGGGGAGAAGCCUCAGCCUCCUCCCCAUCCAGGGCCUGGUCCAGCCCCUCGCAGCCAGCCUCGCCUGAUGAGGAAAAGCCAUCCUGGUCAAGUGACGGCUCCAGCCCUGCCUCCAGCCCCAGACAACAGUGGGGAAAGCUGCGGGCUCGGAGUUUGUUCCCUGAAGGGUUUCAGGAGACCACUGACACUCAGAGGGAAACUGGCCAGGUCCCUGGCACCAACUGACAACACCUAAGGUGCUUUCGUCUCCCUCCAGAUUCCUGGCUUCUCUAGCUGCUGGAGAUUGGACAAGAUGGCAUAGAAGGACACAAGAAGCCAUCUUGACAUUGCCCCCAGAGAUGUCAGGCCCAGAACACUUUCACUGGAUAGGCCUGGGGUCCAAGGAGGAAUUUGCCCUAGAAAACAGAGAAAGAGGCAAUGUCUGUGGCAGUGGGAGACAAAUCUUUGAAGUGGUCCCCACAUUAAGGGCUAAGGAGGGAACACCUACCCAACUGGAUGUCCAGGAGAAGUUGCUUGGGAAGUCCCCAGGUGUCCUCAAAGUGAAGGGCUAGGCCCAGGCAAGGGCUGAAGCACAGUCUGAGACUCCAGGGCUGUCCUGCUUACCUCCCUGUCAUGUGCACUGGGGUCUUGGGGGGUAGGGCCUUAUAAGUGGAAUAACUCCAGAGGGUUAGUGUUUUGGACUUUGUGGAUGCUGAGCAGUCUGAGGAAGUGGGUGUGGCUCCUCAUGAGGCGGGAAAGAAGCUGUCAGAACCGCCCCCCGUGUUUGUGCCAGAGCCUCUGGUGCCUUGAUUCUGGCAGCUGAAGGAUGCCACCUGUCUUUCUCAAAAAAGCCUGAGGGAACAACACCGGAGGACUGUCCCUGGUUGGCUGGAGACUGUUUUUACAAUGCUGGGUCAUAUGCAGUGUGUAGGACACGAUGUCCCAAGAAUUCCCACUCCUACCUCUAUACAAGUGAAACAUACUAAACUGUGCCUUUUAUAAUUGUAAUCCGCAGGGGCUGGGUUAGGCGUCUCGCCUGGCAGUCUCUUGUAAAUCCUCAAUAAUAAAUAUUUAUUUGAAUGGUUUGGA